AUGAAGAAACACGGGCCGAAGUCGUACGGCUCUACGACGCGAGAGCCGCUGAUCGACCUCCAGGAGGUCCGUCGAUGGCUCGCCUCGUUCCGCGUCGAGGGCCACAACGCCGAGGCCGUCCUCAAUAUCGUCGUCACCGUCGGCGUAUGUUUUUUUCUAAUGCUUAUUUUUAUCCUAAGAAACUAUAUUCGAAUAAUUUCACUUAUCAAACGCCUUUUGUGAAUUUGUAAACAGAUCUCUUUCCCCAAAGAAAAUUUUUAAGCUGGUUUUGACGUUGCAAGUAUAGCCGAUUCACGGCCAGCUCGGGACGCUAAAGGGGCGUGUCCUGCCUGCGCUCUCCACAAGCCAGGCGCUAUCUCGCGCAUUAUCGUGUCGGGACCCGUUUUUCGAUGGCUCAAGCCAGCCGUGAAUCAGCUAUAUUGCCACGUUCAUUAAAAAUAAAGCAUAGUUUGUUUCGAAUAAGGGAAGCGCUGAAAGAACUUUCAAGAGGCUUCACUUUUAGUGUCUUCCAAGGGGCAUGAACUCUCUCAAACUGUAUAUUCGAAUAUUCCAGUUCGCCAAAAAAUUUAAAACAGCGUUUCUUUCUCUUGAGUAGAAAUAUCAGGAAACGUUAGGAGAUAUUCGAAAAACACAAGCAACGUCAUUACUUAAUCAUUUUAUCUGGUGAUUUUUUUUUUGCAAACCGAAAAUUAUAAGAUAUACGAUUCUAGCGAUAAAUCUUGAAAUUUCCUUCCAAAUCGGAAAAUCGAGGUAGUUUUUCACACAAAAUCUCUAUCAGUGCAAUUUUUUGUUUCAGACUCGUUUUUUUCACAUUCUGGGCACAACACAAAAUCAGGCCUGCAACCCAUAAUUGAAAACCUCACCGUUCAUUCUUCCAAAUCUAACAAUUGGAGCAGAUAGCAAAAAUUAGACCUUCGGGACGUUUCUGAAUAAUUACCAUUUCAAGAUUUCAAAUUGUCUUUACCAUAACCGUAAUACACCCAUUUCUUUCAGGUAAUCGCGUUUGUCGCCUACCAAUUUCUCUCGCUCUUACAUCGGAUCAACAAAAGAGUGGAACGACAACUCGAGAACAUGGCGAAGAAGAAAACUGUCUGCUUGAAUGGUUGGCAACUGGAAAUCUCAACUUUCAGGUCGAAACCCAGGACCGCGGCUGUGGCGACGACUCCGUCUUCACAGACCUGCACGAACAAGUCUUGCGAGAGAAACAUGUACGUGUUCUUAUUGUAGCCUGAAAGUUUCGCAUUGAAGAUUCCAUUUCGGCUGCCGUAUCUCGACGACGAAACAACUCUGAAGAAUUCGCAGUUGUUCUACGAAGAGAUGAAAAUGCGACGCAGCGUUCGCGCCUUCAGUAGCCGUGCCGUUCCAAUGAAGGUCAUCCAGAACCUUAUCAAGACCGCCGGUUCGUUUGGAAACCUUUCUUGUUCUCUCAGUAGGAGAAUCUCUUCUUUCUCAAGUGUGAGCCGUGUCAAACUUGGUUCUACAACUGUAAUGUAUAACCUGAGUAGUUCGCCAUUAAUGAUUUCAUAAAAAUCAUCACAGGAACUGCUCCGAGCGUCGGGAACCUGCAGCCGUGGAGGUUCUGCGUGAUACUGAACGACGGACUGAAGUUGAUGAUCCGUGAAGUGCUCGAAGCGGCCGAGCGGGACAACUACGUCGCCAGAAAGUCAGUUAUUCAGUUUUCUGUUCAAUUUUACAACGAAAAUGGUGGCUGAUUAGAUAUCGCUGGACGAGUUCUUUGAAGGCUUCUGAGAGCGCAUUCCUCCCUCUAUUCUGUAUUCAGAAUCUUAGAAUCGACAUAAUUCGACGAAAAAGAUUGCAGGAAAGGAGCGGCGUGGGUGGUCGACGUCUCGCAGCUCCAAGACACCUGGCGACGGCCGUACAUCACUGACGCGCCGUCGUUGCUCGUCGUCUGCCACGAGGUUUGGAGUCGUUUCUCAGAAGAAUCUCAGAAGAAACAUUGUUCCUCACAGGGGAUCAUUCGAUAACACAUCGGAAUAACUUUUUAUCACUGUAGUGUAAACCUGUGCAAACAAAUUUUGGAUAUACGGACUCACACUUUGUCAGAUGUUCUGUUCACAGUUAGAAACAUUGAAAGUUAAAAUCUCGCGCAUCCGGCGACUAUUAGCUUCUAUGAACCUUCGAAAAUUGAAAAGAAAAAAAAAAUUAUUUUUAAAAACUCCCCAGAAAAAAAUCUAAAGGUCUUCGCCGAAAUGAACGAGAAGAAAGAGCGACUUUACGGUUACAACCACGACAGCACUGCCAUAUCCGUAGGAAUCCUGUUAGCCGCCAUACAAGUGAGAUACCGUAUCUUUAUAUUACAGUAACUCCUUUGCUACAGAACGUCGGACUCAGCACAGUAGUGACGUCACCUUUGAACGUCGGUCCUGACAUUUCGCGGCUUCUGCGACGUCCCGAAUCCGAGAGCGUGAGCUUUUUGUUUUGUUUUUGCUCGAAAACUCAUUUAUCAGGUACUCCUACUUUUACCGCUUGGAUACGCGGCCGAAGAUGUCACCGUACCUGAUCUCAAACGAAAACCGGUCGAAUUCAUCACCAAAUUGUACUGA